AUGGCACUGACAUCAUGGAAAGCAUUCAACUUCGUCGACGUCUCCCCAGUCAGACUACCAGAGGAGAGCUCCGCACUCUUCGGCAGUGACCUUUCAAGCCUCUGUACCGGAUCAGCGAACCUAUUCCUUGGCACCAAUGAUGGAUCCGUUCACAUCGUGUCCUCCUCCUUCCGCGUCUUGCGCUCGUUCAAGGCGCACGAUACUGGCGCAAUAACACACAUGAAGCAGAUAAAUGGCACUUCUUUAUUAGUUACGGUCGCUGAGGAUCUUACGAAUGAACCCGUUCUCAAAGUCUGGGCACUGGAUACGGAGAAAAAGGACGGUGGACCACGCUGUUUGUCAACUGUGUCGGUGCAGAAUGCCCGACGACAGUUUCCGAUUUCCGCAUUCGCUGUUGUCGACGAUCUUUCGCAGGUUGCAGUUGGAUUCGCUAAUGGCUCGGUGACGAUCAUCCGCGGAGACUUGAUUCACGAUCGAGGGGCACGUCAACGCAUUGUUUUUGAAUCGGAGGAGCCUAUCACUGGUCUCGAAGUACAGGAAGGCCAAGUGACGGCGCUUUACAUCUCAACUACAAGUCGCAUCUUGACACUGGUCAUUGCCGGGCGGGGGCAGGGUCAGCCCGCUCGUGUGCUAGAAGAUACGGGGUGUGCAUUGGGGUGUAUGACUCUUAAUCGGGAGACGGGAGAUAUUAUGAUUGCUCGCGAAGACGCAGUUUACACCUACGGCCAUCGCGGUCGAGGACCUAGUUAUGCGUUUGAGAGCCAGAAGACAUCUAUAAACUCUUUUCGCGAUUAUGUGGCGCUGGUCUGCCCGCCUAAGGUUACGUCCAAGAAGUCGGAUCCUCUGAGGAAAUACACGGUUAACCCGGCAGAUGAGAUCUUUGGAACGACGACAUUUACCUUACUUGAUACAGAUCUUAAGUUUAUUGCGCAUAACGAGACUCUAGCAUCGCCACCGAAGCAAAUUUUCAUGGAAUGGGGAGAUCUGUAUCUUCUUGCAACAGAUGGGAAGGUUUUCCGGUAUAGAGAAAAAAGCCUUCAGCAAAGGCUGGAGAUUCUCUAUGAUCGCAACCUUUACAUUCUUGCCAUUAAUCUGGCACAGAAGACUGGUAUUGAUCAAUUGCAGCAAAAUGCCAUAUAUCGCAAAUAUGGUGAUUUCUUAUAUCAACGCGGGGACUAUGACACUGCUAUGCAGCAGUAUCUGCGGGCAAUUGACAACACUGAGCCUUCUCAGGUUAUUCGCAAGUAUUUGGACACUCAGCGGAUUCAUAACUUGAUCGAGUAUCUCGAGGAGUUACACGACCAUGGCCGGGCCACUGUCGAUCAUACCACCCUCCUCCUGAAUUGCUACGCCAAAUUGAAGGAUACUAGCAAAUUAGACUCGUUUAUCAAAGCUCCUGGUGAGCUGAAAUUUGAUUUAGAGACUGCCAUUGCUAUGUGUCGCCAGGGAGGAUAUUACGAGCAGGCCGCGUACCUUGCGACAAAGCACGGCGAGAAUGAUAUGGUGGUUGAUAUCCUGGUCGAAGACUCCAAGAAAUAUGCUGAGGCGGUAGAGUAUAUUUGGCGCUUAGAACCUGAAGCUGCCUUCCAAAAUUUGGUGAAAUAUGCCCGUGUCUUGUUGAACCAUUGUCCCGAACAAACGAACGACCUCUUCAAAAGCUAUUACACUGGCCGUUACCGCCCCAAAACACAGGUCGAACUUCCUGCCGAGCCACAGGCUCAACCAACCAGUACUCUUCAAAGUCUUUCUGGAAUUUUACCCUUGCGUUAUAUGACAGGAGGAUCUGGAUAUCAAGCGCCAGCGCCAGCGCCAGAACCUGCAGCAACUGAAGAGUCCAAUGCGGAAUCAGGGCCCGAGUACGAGAUUCCAAAGCCACGCACUGCCUUUUCCGCCUUUGUCGACCAUCCUCGAGAAUUCAUUGAUUUUCUAGAGACACUUGUACAGCAGCCUGGCCAGAGUAAAGAGGCCAAGGUUGAUCUUUUCACGACUUUGUUUGAGAUGUAUUUGGACACGGCCAAGGGGAAGAAAGAUACAGCCGAGAAGCAAGAAUGGGAGACGAAAGCCAAAAAGCUGAUUGAGGGCAAGGAUAUUCCCAUAUCAACAUCAAAUGUUCUGCUUCUCUCCGAUUUGUCAGAUUUUCGUGAGGGGUCUACUCUCGUGCGAGAGCAAGAAGGUCUGCGCCUUGAUAUUUUCAGAUCAUUUACCUCCGCCAAAGACACACAAGGUGCCAUUCAAGCACUAAAGCGAUAUGGUCCGGAUGAGCCACAGCUUUAUGUCGAUGCCUUGACCUAUUUCGCCUCCUCGCCCCAAAUUCUCGAAGAGGCUGGUGACGAAUUAGAUGUUGUGCUCCAGCGCAUUGACAAAGAUGGCCUGCUUUCACCCUUACAAGUCAUUCAAGCACUCAGCAACAACGCUGUUGUAACAAUGGGCCGAGUAAGGAAAUACCUGAGCGACAAUAUUGAGCGAGAGCGCAAAGAUAUCUCUACAAACCAUCGGCUUAUCUCAAGCUACAAAUCAGAAACCACAGCUAAGCAGCAAGAGCUCGAAUCUAUCGCAUCUCAACCCGUUGUCUUCCAAUCUCGUCGCUGCCAAUCCUGCGGUGGCACUCUUGACCUCCCUACCGUGCACUUUCUAUGCAAACACUCCUUCCACCAACGCUGUCUUAACCGUGUCGACGAUGACGCCCAAUGUCCCGUAUGUGCACCAGGUAAUAACACACUACGUGCUAUUCGACAACGCCAGGUGGACUCAGCUGGACAGCAUGACCUUUUCAAAGCAGAGCUUCAGCGCUCCAGAGAUGGCUUUGGUGUCGUUAGUGACUUCUUUGGAAGAGGAGUGAUGAAAUCUCAGAGUACGAUGGAGAGCUGA